CGAGACGGCGUGCUGGUCCUGCCGCGCGGCGGACGAGUGCGACGCCGCGGGCGACGGCUGCGCGUGGGUCGGCGGCGACUACCCGUUCUGCGACACGAAUCACGCGUGCGAGGCGGCGACGUGCUUCGCCUGCGGCCUCGACGAGUGCGCGGGCGUCGACGGGUGCAUGCUCGACGCGCCGCGCGGCGGGCCCGGGGCGGCGGACUACUUCCGCCCGAGCUGCACGGCGUUCCGGGAGUGCUCGGGCGACUACGACUGCUGGGCGUGCGCCGAGGCCGAGUGCGGCGCCGCGGACGGCUGCGAGUGGCUCGGCGACUACUGCGCCGAGGCGUGCGGCGCGGGCAAGUGCCACGUCUGCGGGGAAGGCGAGUGCGAGGCCCGGAGCUGCGACCUCGUCGACGCCUCCGACCUCUUCGCCGGCGCGGACGACGACUUCCGGCCCAAGCUCUGCGUCGAAAGCUGCUCGCCGACGAACUGUUACUUUUGCCUCGAGGACGACUGCGACGCCACGGACGGCUGCAUGCGCCACGAGGGCCUGUGCGUCGAGGCCCGGGACUGCUCCCCGGACCACUGCUGGGCCUGCGGGACGGGGGAAGCCUGCGCCGCCGCGGGUUGCGCGGUCGUCGAGGACGCGGACGGCGCCGACCUCUGCGUGGACCCGCGCUGCGACGACUGCGAGUCCUGCGGCGAGGGCGCCUGCCAGCGCGCCUGCCGCGCGAGCGAGACCUGCGAGCUCUACGAGGGUGACCCAGCGCUGCUCGGCGCGUCCUUCGCGUGCGCGCGCCCGGACGCGUGCGUGCCCUACUACGCCUGCGCCAAUUGCGACGAGGACCUCUGCGCCGUCGGCUACGUGCCCGGCUGCAAGCUCAGCGCCGACGCCAAGCGCUGCGAGGCCGACGACGCCGCGCUGGCGUGCUCGAACGUCAACUGCGGCGCGUGCGGCGCCGGCGCCGCGUGCGACGCGCUGCUCCUCUGCUCGACGACGCCCUUCGGGACGUGCGCCCAGGACCUGAGCUUCCUCGAGGACGGCAUGGGGCCCUGCCGCGCGGAGCUCUGCGAGCUCUGCCCCGUGCCGCAGCUCUGCGACGCGGCGCCCGGGUGCGCGUUCGGCGACGCGUGCGGCAAGGACGAGGCCUACUACGGCUGCGGCGCGCAGGCCUGCGGCCCGGCGUCCUGCGCGCUCUGCGCGACGGCGUCCGCCUGCGACGCCGUGCCGGGCUGCGCGAGCCAGAGCCUGCCGGGCGCGGGCGACCUCUGCGCCGUCGACCUCGCGGCCGGGUUCCUCGCGCCCGCGUGCUCGCGCGACGCGUGCUACGCGUGCGACGUCGCGGCCUGCGCGGCCACGCCCGGCUGCGCCUACGACGACCAGACGGGCGCCUGCGGCUUCGACUGCGGCGCCGACGGCGGCGGCGUCGUCUUCGAGUCGGACGCGCGGCGCUGCUACGCGCUCGUGCUCCGCGGCGCGUGGCAGGAUCGCGCGCUCGCCGUCUUCGACGGCGCCGCGGCGCUCGUCGCCGCCGGCGAGAAGCGCACGUCGGCGCACGUCCGCGACGACCUGUGCCUCGGCGACGGCUGCUACCGCGUCGACGUGAGCGGCGGGCGGCCGGGCGUCUUCGCGCCCUGCUUCUGGACCCUCGGGCCCGC